GGACAGUGUUUGUGGUGCAGUGGGACAAGGUCUAUCUGCAGGGGAAGGAGGACAUGGGCAGCUUCACCUUCCAGGCCGCCCUGCACAGCAGCGGGAGAAUCGUCUUCGGGUACAAGGAGAUCCCAGUGCCAGUCCUGCAGAUCAGUGCCACCCAGCACCCUGUCAAGGCUGGGCUUUCUGAUGCCUUCAUGGUCCUCAACCCAGCUCCCGACGUGCCUGAGUCGCGCCGUCGGACCAUCUACGAGUAUCACCGCGUGGAGCUGGACACCAGCAAGAUCACCAACAUGUCAGCUGUGGAGUUCACCCCCCUGCCCACCUGUCUCCAGCACCAGAGCUGUGAGAUGUGUGUGACCUCAGAGCUGACCUUCAACUGCAGCUGGUGUCACGUCCUGCAGAGAUGCUCCAGUGGCUUUGACCGGUACCGGGAGGAGUGGUUGUCCUAUGGCUGUGGCCAGAAGUCAGAUGAGAAGACCUGCGAGGAUUUAGCAGAAGGUGACCACUACUCAGCACCUCCUGACAGCUCCUUCUCUCCCCUGGAUGAAGGUGUCACCCCCUCCACGUCCUCUCUCUUCCUCGACAGCCUCACCACAGAAGAUGACACGAAGCUCACUCAGUCUGCAGGGAGUGAAGGGGUCCCCAGCAGCCUUCCCUCCAGGAAGGCCAGCACCCCGAUUCACACCGGGACCAUCGUGGGGAUCGUGCUGGCCGUGCUGCUCAUCGCAGUGAUCAUCCUGGCUGGAAUUUACAUCAGCAGCCACCCCACCUCCCACGCUGCCCUCUUCUUCAUUGAGAGAAGGCCCCAUCCCUGCCCUGCCAUGAAGUUCCGGAAUCACACCAACCACAGCAGCUACUCGGAGGUGGAGCCAGGCAGCCAGGAGAAGGAGGGCUUUGUGGAGGCAGAGCAGUGCUGA